CUGUACAUGUAAAAUAAUCAAAUUCAUUAAUUAUUUGGCCCUCAAUGACAAGGAGUUCGACACCCCUAAAAUGUAGCAUUAUCACUCCGUGUCAGCAGGUGGCGCUAACGCACACCUAAAAGUAGCCCACAAUAGGUGGAAGAAAAAUAAAAGUGACGACACAUUCGGCACCACACUUUUGGACCAAUCACGUGUGGGUUUUUUUUUAUUUAGCAGAAACAAAGACAAAGGGGGAAAAAAAACGGCUCUUUUAACUUCAAAGAAGGUUCAAAGAGCCGGUUUUUGAAAAAGCGGAUCGUUCGCGAACGGCCCACCAUCAGUGCAGCCUCGCAGUGAAUGAAUGGAAGCAGCUUGCUCGUUCGGAGGGAACAUUUCAUAAUAGCAGCACUUUUUUCUUUAAAAUGUAUUUAAAAAGCAGCACUUUUCUUUAAUAUAUAUUUAAAAAGCAGCACUUUUGUUUAAAAUAUAUAUUUUAUCGCAGGCUGCUGACGGACUUUACAAAACAAAACAGCACCCAGGACGUUAUUUCGGAUUUUCCUUAAACGCAUCAUCAAAGUGCUUAAAAAAAAAAAAGUUGGACUUUUUGUGGAGUUUUGCUUAAAAAAGUGAGACUUUUCUGAUGUGUUUGUAGUUUUUUGUUUGUUUUUUUUGGACAAUGGAGGACGUCCGCGGACAGGACUAAGGACUGCUAAGCGAAUUAGCGUCGGAGCGGACUGGCACGCUAACCUGCGGGAGGGAUUUACCGGCUUCUGCCGCCGUCUUCUCACCGUCACCAGGCGGAGGAAGAAGCGCCGCAUGCUUCCAUGGUGCCCAACAAGUGGACCAAGAACUCCGCGCUUCACAAGUCGCCGCCUCGGAGCUGGCUGGGACUCAAGUUGCGAAUCCAUGACAAGCCUGUCCAGGAGGAGGACUGGGUGGUGUGCCAGCAUCCGGAGUGUCCCGACCGCCGCAGGGCCUCAAAGGUGUGCCACCACCCCGACUGCCAAGGCCUGAAUACCAAGAGCCCUCUCCACUUGUGUGAGUCAUGUGACUCCCGCUGCCAUUCGGACAACAAGAUGCACUUUGACCGCCAUCCCCGAUUUGACCUUCAACCUCAAGCCUCCAUCCUGGCUCGGAACGUGUCCACGCGGUCCUGCCCCCCACGCACCAGCCCCCCCUCCGACCUUGAGGAGGAGGACGAGGGGAGCAGCGAGCGCAGGCGGAAGAAAGCCGGCGGGAUGAAGCUGGUGAAGAAGAAGGCACGGAGGCGACACACCGACGACCCCAGCAAGGAGUGCUUCAGCCUCAAGUUUGACCUCAACGUAGACAUCAACACAGAAAUAGUCCCCGCUAUGAAAAAGAAAACACUGCGAGAGGUUCUGGCUCCAGUCUUUGAGAGGAACGGCAUCGAGCUGUCCCAGGUGGACCUGUUCCUGGAUCAGUCCAACACGCCCCUGUCCCUCAACUUUGAGGCCUACAGAUUUGGCGGACACUACCUCAAAGUCAAAGCGCGGCCUGGUGACGAGUUGAAGGUGGAGCAGAGCGUCAAGGACUUGAGGUCUCUCAGCCUUCCCAACAUGAAGCCCUCAGCCACGCACGGUCCUUACAUCGUCACGCCGGCCGCCGAGAGGGCGGAGCACGGAUCUCUGGGACGCCGCGAGGGCUUGGACCUGCUGGGUCAGGGCCGGCGUAGGAAGAACAUGACCGAGUUUUUGGGGGAGUCCAACAUUCCCAGUCCGGAGGCCCUGGGCCAGAUGAGCAGCUCCCUGCCCGGCGCCGGUCCUGACAGCUGGAAGAACCGAGCCGCCAGCCGCUUCAGUGGCUUCUUCAGCUCCAACGCCGCCUCCUUCGGCAAGGAAGUAGAUCGCCUGGAGCAGCUCCAGAGCAAGCUGCACUCCUACACGCUGUCGGAGCUGCCCAAGGUGCCGAGGCAGCUCUCCUUCCACCAGGACUCCUGGGAGGAGGAGGAAGACGAGCAGGAGCCAGACCUGGUCCUGGAGGACAGCUGGCAGACGUUGCUGGACAACGCCGAGACGCUGACAAGGAGACAGUUCCACCAGCAGGAGGCGAUAUGGGAGCUGCUGCAGACGGAGGCCACGUACAUUAAGAAGCUCCGGGUCAUCACUGAUCUGUUCCUGUGCGGCCUGCUCAACCUGCAGGAGAGCGGCUUCUUCAUUGAGGUGGAGCCCCCGCGCCUCUUCAGCAACAUCCAGGAGAUUGUCCGUCUGCACAGCGCCCUGUGGAACCAGGUCAUGCGCCCCCUGCUGGACAAGGCCAGGCAGGCCCGCGCCCUGCUCGACCCCACAGACCUCCAGCAGGGCUUCCGGACGUUUGCCGCCAGGUUCAAGCCCUACAUCCGCUACUGCAUGGAGGAGGAGAGCUGCAUGGAGAACAUGCGAGCGCUGCUCAGGGACAACGAGCUCUUCAGGACCUACGUGACGUGGGGAGAGACCCACAAACAGUGCAACCGUCUGAAGCUGGCGGACAUGCUGGCCAAACCUCACCAGCGUCUCACCAAAUAUCCUCUGCUGCUGCAGAGAGUGCUCAAGAAGACGGACGACCCGGCGGCCCGCGAUGUCGUCAGUGGCAUGGUGGCCACGGUGGAGAGCUUCAUCGACAGCAUCAACUCGCACAUGCGCCAGCGUCAGGAACAGCAGCUGCUGGCCACCAUUUGUGCCCGCAUCGACUCGUACGAGGCGGUAGAGGGCAGCAGUGAGGAAGUGGAGAAGAUCCUCAAGGAGUACAGCCGCUUCGACCUGAUGGCGCCCAUGAGAGGAACGUCGGCGGAGGAGACUCGCCAGCUGCACCUGGAGGGCGCUCUGAGGAUGAAGGAGGGCAAAGACAGCCGGAUGGACGUCCACUGCUUCCUCUUCACCGACCUGCUGCUCAUCACCAAGCCCGUCAAGAGGCUGGAGAAGGUCAAGAUCGUCCGCCAGCCUCUCCUCAUCCAGAACGUCGUCUGCAAGGAGCUGAAAGACGCCGGUUCCUUCAUCAUCAUCUACCUCAACGAGUUCAGGAGCGUGGUGGCCGCCUACACGUUCCAAGCCAACAGCGCCCCCCAGGGGAGGAGCUGGAUGGAGGCCAUCUGCAGCGUGCAGAAUCAACUCCAGAGGCUGCGGACCGAGGAGGCCAUCAGACAGCAGACUUUAAUCCAGACCAGGAGGCAGGAGGAGGAAGACGAGGUGGAGGAAGAGGAGGAGGAGGAAGAGGAAGAUGAGAGCAGCAACAACUCCAAUGCAAGUUCUCCAAGUCUGAGACACAAAGAGCCGCACAGCCUGAGUCAGUCGGAUGGCUCCACGGAGACGUUGUCCGUGAUGGACGUGGACGCUCUGGCCGAGUCAAAAGGGUCUCCCGCCGCCAGCGAGGAACACGCCGACGUCUCCGCCGACAUCUUCGCCGACGUCUCCGCUCUGUCAGAGAUGUCGGAUGCGGCGCGGUCCUCAGGUGUCCACAGGACGUCCUCCGGCGUGUACUGUGACCAGGAGGCGGAGCCUGACAGCGAGGAGUUGGACCCUCAGUGUCGCUCUCUGUCCAUGGACAGUGCCUACGGUACUCUGUCCCCCGAGUCUCUCCUCAGAGAACUGCAGCCUCAGCAGAGCGAAGGCGAAGGGACGGACGAGGAGGAGGAGGAGGAAGAAGACGCCGCCUCGUUAGGCUCUCAGCUGUCCGUGGUGCAGUCGUGCAAACCUCGCCGGCGGCCUCACGUGACGUCCAGACUCCACUGCCUCCAGAAGUCGUCCACGCUGACUUUGUCUCGCUCCGAGGACAACCUCCUGCAGCGCCUCCGCAUCAAAGCGCCCGCCCCCGCCGCCAGCGACCACGCCCGCCGCCAGGAAACGGACACGCCCUCGUUGGCGCACAGCAAGAGCCUGUCGGCGCUCGGAAGCAACGGCGCCGACUUCUUCCCCGCCGCCUUCCGCGGUAACGAGAAGGUAGCUGUUGUCGACGCCCACAUCAGCAGCAGCGGCUCAGACGGGGAUGUGGCUCCAUCUGGUGGCAGCCGGGGGAAGUGCGAGGCUGCCACCGGCGGAGAUUUAAGCGACGUGUCGCCCGUAGCGAGGAAAUCUCCAGCCCCGCCGCACAAGAAGCUGACGCUGGCACAGCUCUAUCGAAUACGCACCACCAUGGUCCUCAACUCCACUCUCACCGCCUCGGAGGUGUAACCAUGGCAACCAACACCAGACCACUUCAUUCCGUCUCUUUUUUGGAGACGCCCGCCGCCCUUCAGGAAACCACGUGCACGGGCGAUGGCGAGCGUGCACGUGGACCGCGGCGGCCCCGGAGAGACUCACUGCUUGCACUUUUUGCCCACGACGUAGCACCACCAGGGGGCGCCGCCAUUCCUGACUGACAGAGGGGCGGAGCUUCCUUUUUUUCCCCCUUUGGGCGGAGGACUUUGGACUAGCCUGGACAAGUUGAAAGGAGAUUGCACAUUUUGUUUUGAAACCAGUCCCUAACGAGAGUCACAUGACCCCCCGCCCCCCAAUCUUCCUCCUUAUUGAUCCUUUUGUUUGAUUUGAAGGUGGGCGUGGCCAGUGAGAGUGGGCGGGGUCAUACACAACCAGCGACUUUAAAAAUGCUUCGCUUAGCUUUUGUAGCACGAACAGGUUACGUAACGAAUCUACCGUGACAACGCCCAACCAAACACUUUCACCACCAAAUCACCUUUCUUUGUUUACGUCCGUUUCUACGUCUGAUAUUUAUUUGCUACAAAGAAGUAGAAGAGCUGCACUGAAGUCAAAGCCAGAAUUCUUCCAGAAUGUUCUCAAAUUUUGUGAGAAAAUAGUGAGGUGCAAAUUUGUAAUAUGUCAUAAUUUUCGCAAUAUUACGACUUUAUUCACGCAAUAUUACAACGUCAUUAUUGUAACACUACGACUUUAUUUUCGCAAUAUUACGACUUUAUUCUCGCAAUAUUACAACAUCAUUAUUGUAACGUUGCGACUUUAUUUUCGCAAUAUUACCAGAAUUCUUCCAGAAUAUUCUCAAAUUUUGUGGUAAAAUAGUGAGGUGCAAAUUUGUAAUAUGUCAUAAUUUUCGCAAUAUUACGACUUUAUUCUCGCAAUAUUACAACGUCAUUAUUGUAACAUUAUGACUUUAUUUUCGCAAUAUUACGACUUUAUUCUCCCAAUAUUACAACAUCAUUAUUGUAACGUUGCGACUUUAUUUUCGCAAUUUUACCAGAAUUGUUCCAGAAUAUUCUAAAAUUUUGUGAUAAAAUAGUGAGGUACAAAUUUGUAAUAUGUCAUAAUUUUCGCAAUAUUACGACUUUAUUCUCGCAAUAUUACAACGUCAUUAUUGUAACAUUACGACUUUAUUUUCGCAAUAUUACGACUUUAUUCUCGCAAUAUUACAACAUCAUUAUUGUAACGUUACGACUUUAUUUUCGCAAUAUUACGACUUUAUUCUCGCAAUAUUACAACAUCAUUAUUGUAACGUUACGACUUUAUUUUCGCAAUAUUACCAGAAUUCUUCCAGAAUAUUCUCAAAUUUUGUGAGAAAAUAG